CAGGGCGCUACCUCGCUGCCACAAUGCUUUUCUACUUGGGGAGAUAAAAAAAAUCUUUGGGGACUGGAGAGCCGCCCAUGCGCUAAAAACACACCAGAGCGUUUUAAGCGAAAAGCACAAGAACAUAGAGAACGUUUUAGAACCCGGAGAAACCUAGAAGAAUUUUUUUCGUGCAGUUUGUUCCGCAGAGGACUGCGGGUUUGGUGCAAUGCUGCUAGUGGAUUAUGGGUACAACUGCCAGUGCUGCCCCCCCGACCACGCCUGAGAGUUUCCACGGCAACGGGAUGACGGACAGCAGGCAUUCCCUGGGCCAUGCCUCCUUUCAGACAGUCAGCAUCCACAACAGCAAGGCCAAGUCCAUUAUCACCAAUAAGGUGGCACCAGUCGUUAUCACUUAUAACUGCAGGCAGGAGUUCCAGAUUCAUGAUGACAUGCCAAGGGCUCAUUAUAAAGUGGGGCAGAUCUCCGACACCAUGCCUGAGCACUACUUGGUGCAGGGCUCCUACUUCAUGGUGCAGGAUGUGUUUAGCAAGGCAGACGUCCUCAACACGACAGGGUCCUGCGGCGCCCCCAACUUCCGUCAGAGUAAAGGCAGCUACCCACUGUUCGGCAUGGGUCAGCCCAGCCUGGCUGGCUUCAAACAGGUCCUGCAGAAGCUGCAGAGCCAAGGCCAUGAGGAGGUGAUUUUCUUCUGUGUGCGUGAGGAGCCGUUACUGUUUCUUCGCUUGGAGGAGAACUUUGUUCCCUACACCCCACGGAGGAAGGAAAACCUGCACGAAAAUCUGCAUGACUUGAGCAAGGACGUUCCAGUGGAGAACCUGGAGCUCAAUAUCAGAAAAGAGCUGCAUGAUUUUGCCAGGCUGAAUGAGAACGUGUUCUACGUCUACAAUGACAUUGAACAUUUUAAAGACCAGCCUCAAAAAAUCUCCAUCUCCUGUGAAGAGGACAUCCAUGUCACUGAGGAAGUCUACAAGAGACCCCUUUUCACCAUGCCUGCAUACAGGUAUUACCGAUUGCCGCUACCAAUGGAGGGAGCGCCAAUGGAAGAGCAGUUUGAUGCCUUUGUGAAUAUAUUAAGGGAGAACCCCUCUCUCUCUCUGAAUCGGGACGCCUCCAAACCCCUUCCCGCUCUGCUCUUCAGCUGUCAGGUCGGUGUCGGACGCACUAAUCUGGGGAUGAUUCUGGGCACGCUGGUGAUGGAGAGGGUGACAGGAGCUCCACCCCUUCCUCAGUCCCCACCACCACCUUCACCAACUGAUACACAAACUGAGGAAGCAGUGAAAUCCGAACCAAAUCCACAGUUCCAGAUCAUCCAGACCCUCAUCAGCAAACUGCCCAACGGUCAGCAGAUCGUACAGGAGGUGGACCGUGCGAUUGAGCUGUGCUCUGAAAUGCACGACAUCAAAGAAGCCAUUUUUGAGAACAAGAAGAAGCUGGAAGCCAUUGGAGAAGAUUACCAGUCUCAGGGAAGCAGCACUAAACUGUACUUCCUCCAGAGGGCGCUGCAGAGUCUGGAGCGUUACGUCUACCUGAUACUAUUCAACACAUAUCUACACCAACAGUAUCCACUGGCCUUUGCUUUGAACUUCAGCCAGUGGCUGUGCUCGAAUGCCUGGGUGUACCGCCUCCUGUCCUGCAUGAACCAAUCAGAACUCAGUGCACCUGCUGACCUCAUCACUAAAGGAGCCAGAGUACUGGUUGCAGAUGAAUACUUGGCUCCUGAUGUUUUGAGCACUAUGAAGGAGAUGAAGGUGCCGAAUUUCAGGCGGGUUCCAAAGAUGCCAGUGUACGGGAUGGCCCAGCCCACGUCUGAGGCCACUGGAGUGGUGUUGGCAUAUCUGAUGGAUGAGAAAAGGAAACAUCAGCAUGUUCUGUGGGUGAACGUGCAGGAGGAACUGGUUGUGGAGGCUAAUGGUCAGAUGUUCUCUCCCAGAGAGCCUUCAUGUCUGGAUCAGUACAUCUCCCUUCAUAACGCCCAGACGCAGGACAUAGAGAGGCUGGAGACGGGUCUGAAGGAGGAGAUCCUGAAGGCUCAGAAGUGGUUAGAGGUGACUCUGGAGCAGGAGAAGCAGAUGAAGAUGUUCAAGAGCUGCCAGACUCUGCAGGAGAUCUUUAACCAGCACAAGAGCUCCCACCAGGGGCUGGAGUACCAGCGCGUUCCACUGCCUGAAUGCGCUGCCCCUACUGAACAGGACUUUGACCACAUGCUGGAGGCAAUGAAGAGUGUAUUAGCUGAAGAUUCUCGAGCUGCGUUCGUGUUUAACUGUUCGAAUGGGAAAGGCAGAAGCACCACCGCCAUGACCAUAGCAGCUCUAACACUCUGGCAUUUUAACGGAUUUCCUGAGUUUGGAGAGGAUGAGAUCGUCAGUGUUCCUGAUGCCAAGUACACAAAGGGGGAGUUCGAGGUGGUGAUGAAGCUGGUCAGGAUCCUCCCAGAUGGUCACAGGAUGAAGAAAGAGGUGGACAUGGCUCUGGACUCUGUCAGUGAAACCAUGACGCCAAUGCAUUACCACCUCAGAGAGAUCAUCAUCAGCACCUACAGACAGAUGAAGAACAGUAAGACUGAGCAGGGCAGCAGAUCUUUGCUGCUGAAGAGUCUGCAGUAUCUGGAGCGCUACAUGUACCUGAUUCUCUUCAACACCUACCUGCACUUGGAGAAGAAGGACUCCUGGCAGCGCUCCUUCAGCACCUGGAUGCAGCAGGUGGCUGCACGGGCCGGAGUUUACGACCUGCUGAACCAGCUGGGCUUCUCUGAGUUUGAGAACGUGAAAGACUCAACCCUCGCUCGCCUCCGCUUCCGCUGGCAAGAACAGAGCAACCAGAACCUUCCAUUCAGAGGAGAAUUCAUGUGAGAGAGAGAGAGAGAGAG